GAAGCAGCAGCAGCAGGCCGACCUCACACAUCACACAUCCAAUGGCACCCGACAAUAUCGUCUUCUUCCUCCUAGUUCUCCCUCCCCCGUCCGACUCGUCUCUCUACCUAUUUACCCUACCUUUACCUACAUUAUCCUCACGGUGCUUGGUAUCCCAAAGGAAGCGACUGUUUGUUCCUCAUACCCGAUAUCUACUUGAUUCCACCUCGACCCAACUCAACUUUUCUCUUUUAAACUAUCGAGUACCUUGGUUGACAUCACCCUACUUAACGUAUCCGUACUUUACACAGCUUUUGCUCUGCCGUACAUCAUUGCUCUGCUCAGCUCCCACUUCACCCGCCUCAAGGGCAAGGCAGGAGAGGUAAAGGUACCCUACCUUACUACCGGAAAUCCUCCGUUGGAUACAUCACAAACACACCCCACUGCGAUUUCUUCAUAUCUUCCGCCAGACUUCUCCCAUAUACCGGCCUUCUUCUCCAUCCUUCUCCUCCUACCUGACUUCUCCUCACUUCUGUUACUAUUCCAUCUCCAACUUCUUCAUCUUUCUACCUUGACAAUCUUUGCAACUCAUCUCACCUCCGUUGUAUCCUCUCGACCCAGCUGCGACUACCACUACCACUGCUGCUGCUGCCUGACCUCAAGUAGCUCACCUCACUUCCACAAUCCAUCCCACAUCCACAACCAUAACCUCAGAGGAAAGAAAAAAAGAGGGAAAAAAAGAGUACGUACCAUCAGCUACUUGUCUUUGCAGUCUCGC